AUGAGGAUCAACGGCGCGCGUCUACUGUGGGCCACGACGCGCCUUCUGAGCCUCGUGCUCGUUGCGAGUUACCUGGUCAACGAAUCAGUUGUCGCAGCAGGUGAUGACGAGAAAGGUAAAGGACUCGAACCAUCAAGCUUCAUCUUCGAGUCUUCUGGUCCAGCUCGACAAUCUGGAGCUUCUUCUGUGCCUCGCAGGCGAAGCCGACUUUCAGUUAUGGGACCACCCUCAACUCCAGGCUCGUCCUCGAACCCAGGCCUUUUCUCGGAACCUGGCUCGUCCUCAAGCCCCGCCUCGUCCUCGUCUCCUGGCUCGUCUAUGGCUCCUGGCAUCUCCUCAGCUCCUGGAACGUGGUCAGAUCCUCUUGUCAUAUCUGACGUUGGCACAGCUGCACCUCCUCCAACGGUCCCCGAGGUCGAAAUCGUACCCUCUUCCGUCCAAUUUCCGCCCUUCAUUGAUGUCGCUCCUAUCCCGGAGCACGAACCCUGGCACAUGUAUCGCCAGUUCAGGUACAGACUCGCUCAGCUCGACAUCGACCACCGAAGCUUGGCUCUACUCAACCCUCGCGCGGAUUUUGUCGGGGACCAUCGCACGAUGUUGAGAGAUCAGCUUCAGGCUCAAGUCGACUUGAAGAUCGCGCUCCACCUGACACCAACGAUCGAUCACGGAGGCAGAGUCUAUGCGGUACCGAUUAUUCGCGACUCGGUGAAAGAGGCGUUGAUUGGAUCGAAAAGCAUCCAUAACGUGGGAUGGGCCUUGCUUGGUAUUUGGCCGGGAAGGCAAACAUCGGUCGCUUGGCUCGGAUAUGCUCUCCUGGACGUCAGAGGUCGGGCUUCUUUCAUCAAAAAACUCCAGGACUCUGGCAAGGUGAAAGUUCUGGCGGACCUGCUAAAGCCUAUACCGGUGGUAUGA